CAAUUCCCCGCAAUCUUCUGAUGCAAAAAUUUGGAAUCAUCAAAGCGCACGUAUUCCUAUUUCACCCCCCCUCACUUUCUCUCUCUACCCCUGCUUCGCUCCGUCAUGUGGGAGAAAGCAGAAUUGCAUCUUGGGUUUUUCUUCGAGGAUCAUAAUUACCCCCAAGGCUAUGAUUGAACCAUAAUUUAGAGGAAAGAUGCAAAGGAACCAUGAGGAAUCCUUUAUCUUUCUGCAUAGCAGGCCUUAUGAUUACAAGUUACAAGUCAGUGGAAAUGGAGUGGAAGGGUGCCCUGGUCUGAAGGAUGAAAUAAAUGUUAAUUCCAAUAGGGUUCUUGAAUUUGACCAUUCACUAUAUACUGGAACUUACUCUCCUUACAGUGAAGGUUACCACAGGCCUAUGUACCAGCAAGACUUCAGUACCUGGACAGCCUUGAACUAUGACUUCCAAAAGGUGCAGCAAAACCAGUGGCGUGCUAUACAGGAGGGACAUUAUUAUCAGAUGGGCAGGGAAUACUCGUAUCCUGUGGAAAGCAGGUUUCACUACCUGCCCUAUAAGAUGCAUUCUCAAUGCUUCCGUCCUGAAGUUCAGUUUCAGGAGUUCCAGUAUUUCGUUGUUAUAGACUUUGAGGCAACUUGUGAUAGAGAGAAGAAUCCUCAUCCUCAAGAAAUUAUUGAGUUCCCAUCAGUGCUGGUAAAUAGUGUAACUGGGCAAUUAGAAGGCUCUUUUCAAACAUAUGUGAAGCCUAUAUAUCAUCAUCAUUUGACUGAUUUCUGCAAGGAACUCACUGGUAUUCAGCAAAUUCAGGUGGACAGAGGUGUUCCUUUGGGCGAAGCUUUACUUAUGCAUGAUAAAUGGCUGGAAGACAAGGGGAUCAAGCAUACGAACUUUGCAGUUGUGACAUGGUCUAACUGGGAUUGCAAGGUGAUGUUAGAGUCAGAGUGCAGGUUCAAGAGGAUAAGGAAACCUCCUUAUUUUAAUAGGUGGAUCAACCUGAAGGUUCCCUUCCAUGAGGUGUUUGGGGAUGUGCGUUGCAACCUCAAGGAGGCAGUUCAGCGAGCAGGCCUGGAGUGGGAGGGGCGUGCCCACUGUGGCCUCGACGAUGCCCGCAACACCGCCCGCCUCCUCUCCCACCUUAUGUCUCGUGGCUUCCGCUUCUCCAUCACCAACUCACUGACCUGGCGCAUCGCUGACCUAGCAAUGCCACCCCAUGGGCCCCAGGAAUCCAUUAUGGGGGCUCUGCUCCAAAGCCCAGACAGGCUCAUUGGACCUUACCACCUUAACAACAACCAACAGAGGCCCACUAUAUUAGCCAAGCAGUCAAACCUGGCCCCCUGGACCGAGCCCACUGGCCCACUCCACAAGGCGGCAGGCACCACCACUUAUUGCUAUUGUGGUGUUAUGAGUAGCAAGAUAAUGGCGAAGAAGCCAGGCCCAAAACAUGGGAGCUUCUUCUUUGGCUGUGGGAAUUGGACCACAGUAUGGGGGGCUCGUUGCUCAUACUUUGUGUGGGCCUCCCCUUAAUUUACUCGUUACCAGUAUCUGCCAAAGCUCAGUUAUGUUAUAGGACUGUCACAAUAAUGAUAAGUAAUGGUGCUGAAGUCUGGGUUUUAGGGUUAGAAUUUAGAUGGUGUUGCGAAAGUGGUUGUCAAGGUUUUAGAGAGAGAGAGAGGAGAGGGGAAUCAUGUGGUUAGGGGAAUGGUGGUGUUUAUAUUAGGAAAUGGAUAUAUGUGGCUAAGGCUUUUGGGCAACAGCCAUGGUAAGGGCUAAUGUUUUAGCUGACUCUGUGGUAACAGUGAAGGGGACACUGUUAAGCGACACUCUUUGGACAUGCUUGGACAUGGUUAAUUAUAUAAUCCCAAUAAUUUACUAAGCAGGGACCUUGCUUCUUUAUCAUGUGCCCCUUACUAAGCAGGGACCUUGCUUUCUUUA